GCCCUUAGCCGGUGCGGCUCUACAAACACACAGCAUACUCUUCUCACCAUGUCGGCCGCAGACCACGAGGUCGAGGUUGCACAACUGCACCAGUCCUUCGACAAUGUGGAGGGUGUAGCGCAUCCCACCAAGGAUUUCACAGGAGGCGACCUUCCCUACGUGAACGAAAAGGCUCCUCUCGAUACUCCUGAUGGAGAGGUGCCCACCGAGGAAGAGAAGCAGAGGUUGAAGCACGUUGCGGAGAAUCUGCCACUGUCCGCCUGGCUGGUUGCCGUGGUCGAACUCAGUGAGCGAUUCACCUACUACGGCGUGUCUGGUAUCUUCCAGAACUACAUUCAGCGUCCUUACGACGGCAGUCAGGGCCGCGGUGCCCUUGGUAUGGGACAUCAGGGUGCUACCGGUCUCUCGACGUUCUUCCAGUUCUGGUGUUACGUCACUCCUAUCUUCGGUGCCAUCAUCGCAGAUCAGUACUUGGGCAAGUACAAGACUAUUGCUAUGUUCUGCGGCGUCUAUCUCACCGGUCUUUUCAUCCUGCUGUUCACCUCCCUUCCCGUAUCCCUUGAGCAUGGUGCUGGCCUCGGUGGCUUCAUUGUCGCCAUUAUUGUCAUUGGCCUAGGUACCGGUGGUAUCAAGAGUAACGUUGCUCCUUUGAUUGCCGAUCAAUAUACUCGCAAGAAGAUGGCCAUCAAGACCAACCCCGACGGCGAGCGGGUGAUCAUUGACCCUGCCGUUACCAUUCAACGUAUCUACAUGAUCUUCUACGGCUGUGUCAACAUUGGUUCCCUGUCGCUUUUGGCUACUCCUUACAUGGAGCGAGACGUCGGUUUCUGGACCGCUUAUCUUCUCUGCACAUGCAUGUUUGCGGUUGGUACCGUUGUGUUGGUUGUGGGCCGAAAGUUCUACAUUGUCCGCCCACCACAAGGUUCCGUCAUUACCAAUGCAUUCCGCGUACUGGGUAUGAUGAUCAAGCACUUCAACAUGGACGCUGCCAAGCCAAGCUGGCAGGCCGAGCAUGGUAACAGCAGCAACUUGAGCUGGGAUGACCACUUCGUCGACGAAGUCAAGCGUGCGCUGGUGGCUUGCCAGGUCUUCGCUUUCUAUCCCAUUUACUGGGUUGUCUACGGUCAAUUCUCCAACAACUUCGUUACCCAAGCUGGCCAAAUGGAGGGCCACGGCAUCCCCAACGAUCUGAUGCAGAACUUUGACCCCAUCUCGAUUAUUGUGUUCAUUCCUAUUCUCGAGUUGUUUGGCUAUCCCCUUCUCCGCAAGUUUCACAUUCCCUUCAAGCCCAUCAGCCGUAUCAGCUUGGGUUUCAUCGUUGCUUCUUUGGCCAUGGUGUACGCUGCCGUUCUUCAGUAUUACAUCUACAAAGCCGGUCCAUGUUACGAGGCUCCUCUCUGUGAUGCUUCCAUGGUCGACGGAGUCGCUCAGGGAAACCACAUCCACAUCGCUAUCCAAACCCCCGCCUACAUGCUCAUUGGUAUCUCAGAGAUCUUUGCUUCCGUCUCGGGUCUCGAGUAUGCUUACACCAAGGCUCCUCCUACCAUGAAGUCCUUUGUUCAGUCAAUGUACCUCUUGACCAACGCUUUCGGCUCUGCCAUCGGUGAGGCCUUGACUCCUGUUGCCUACGACCCUGCCAUUCAAUGGAUGUUUGUCGGUCUGGCUUGCGCUUCCUUCAGCGCUGGUGUCAUCUUCUUCUUCGUCUUCCGCCAUUUGAACGACAAGGAAGAGGAGAUGAACGCCUUGGAUGCUGAUGAGUAUCCUCCUGUCCAGGACGAGACUGUUGAGAGGAAGUAAACAAAUCAUGUGGGAUGAUCAAAGGGACUUGUUUACUGCCAAAUCCAUUGUACGUUGAUACCUUAAUAGCGGCAUCAAGUUACUGCGUAUAAGGCUACCUGCAACCACAGAGCUUGUUAGUAAACCAUACUAUUCUUUAGACAGGUAGUUUUAGCUCUAAAUAAAUAAUACCUCUUUAUUCGUGACUCUC